UAAUUGAGUCAUUACAAGGAAAAGCCCAAAGCGGAUGGCAGUGGAUUUGGAUAAGUCGAUUCCCCAAACAAAUCGACAAGGGUUCGCACACCUUCUUCACCCCCAGUGGAGCUCACUUCUCCGGAGCUAAUUAACUAUGGCUUCUUCAGUCACUGCUUCUCUUCAAACUGGCAACUUGAGGUCUGUAUUUCUGGGAAAAAGAAAUGCUGUCUAUGUUCCAAGUGCUCCAGUCACCCGUGUUCGUCUUAUGAGGAAAACGAUCCAGUGCAAAGAAUCUAGAAUUGGGAAGCAGCCCAUUGAAGUUCCAUCGAAUGUGACAGUCACAUUGGAAGGUCAGGGGUUGCAAGCACAAGGUCCUCUAGGGCAACUUGCAAUCACUUAUCCACGGGAAGUAAAGGUUGAGAGGGAGGACUCAGGUAUCCUGUGGGUCAAAAGGACAAUAGAAACGAAAAGAGCUAACCAAAUGCAUGGUCUAUUCAGGACUCUUACCAACAACAUGGUGGUGGGCGUGUCUAAAGGAUUUGAUAAGAAACUGCUAUUGGUUGGUGUAGGGUAUCGUGCAAUGGUAGAAGGAAAAGUGUUGGUAUUGAAUCUUGGAUUCUCUCAUCCAGUAAAGAUGGAAAUACCUGAAGGGAUACAAGUGAAGGUGGAAGAGAGCACCAGAAUCACAGUGAGUGGAUAUGACAAGGCUGCCAUCGGUCAAUUUGCUGCAUCAGUUAGGAAAUGGAGACCCCCAGAACCUUACAAAGGAAAAGGUGUGAGAUAUGAUGAUGAAAUUAUACGAAGAAAGGAGGGCAAAGCUGGGAAGAAGAAGUAGUGCAUGCGAUUGUUUAAUUUUUGUCUGCUCGGUAUCAAAUACGAUGAUGUGACAAUUAAUGUUGAUGUAUUCAAUGGUUAGUGCAGUUUAUCUUUC